AUGGAUCGGAGUUGGAUGUAUAAGAAACGUAAUACACUUGAAUAUGUCAAUGGGGUUCUAGACUUUGUACAAAUUGCCGAGGAAUAUGCAAGUAAAAUUGGUGAAAAUUAUAUAGUGUGUCCUUGUUGUGAUUGUAGAAAUCUAAAAAAGUUUCGUGGGAUUGAUGAAAUUAAGAGUCAUUUGAUACGUCGUGGUUUUAAGGAAGGAUAUGACCAGUGGAUAUGGCAUGGUGAAAAUGUACCUUUUAGUAUAGAUGAUGUCGAAUUAGAUGUAGAGAAAGAUCAAAGUAAAGAAGAUAAUGUUAGAAAUGAUGAAGACAAUGAACGACUAGAUGAAUUGAUGCGUGAUAUGCAAGGAGAUUUGAAUGAACUACCUCAAGAGUUUGAAACUUUUUUUGAAAAUUCUGGAAAGCCAUUGUUUUCUGGAUGUAGUAAAUUUACAAAGUUAUCAUCAAUGCUUAAAUUGUAUAACUUAAAAGAAAAGAAUAUGUGGAGUGAUAAGAGUUUCACGGAGCUAUUGAAACUUUUAAAGGACAUGCUUCCUGAUGAUAACGAACUUCCUUGUUCAACUUAUGAGUGUGGAGCAUCGCGUUAUGAACGGAAAGGAUACAAUGAUGCAUGUGAGAAGAAGAAAGGUGCUCCUGCGAAGGUGUUGUGGUAUCUACCGGUGAUUCCAAGGUUCAAGCGUUUGUUUGCAAAUUCAAAUGAUGCAAACAAUUUGCAAUGGCAUGCUAUUGGUAGAAAAGAAGAUGGAAAGUUGAGACAUCUCGUCGAUUCUCCUCAAUGGAAGAACAUUAAUAUGAAGUUUCCUGAAUUCGGUUCCGAAAACCGAAAUCUUAGGCUUGAAUUAUGCACGGAUGGAAUGAAUCCUCAUGGUAACAUGAGCAGUCGCCAUAGCACUUGGCCAGUUCUUUUAACAGUUUACAAUCUUCCUCCUUGGUUAUGCAUGAAGCGUAAGUACAUCAUGUUAUCUUUGUUAAUAUCUGGGCCUAAACAACCAGGAAACGACAUAGAUGUGUACUUGACGCCGCUUAUUGAAGAUUUAAAGAUACUGUGGAAUGAAGGUGUGGCGGUGUUUGAUGCUCAUAGCCAAACCAACUUCACCUUGCGAGCCAUGCUGUUCUGCAUAAUCAAUGACUUCCCAGCAUAUGGUAACUUGUCAGGAUAUACUUGA